GUUCAUUAAACACGUGACUACAUUGGGGGAAAAACUAAACACAUCACUUUUCUCAAGCGAUUACUGUGAUUUAUUGGACGAACUCUUUGGAGAAACUCCUUAGAUUUUCGGCUGUCCCAGAGCACAGACGUCAUUGACCUACUUCACAAGAUGAGCUCUCCAAAGAAAGCCACGACUGAACCUCACGUUGUCAAAGAGGAACUGAUUGCGAGUGGAAAGUGGGUGAAGCUCGAGAAGACCACAUACGUGGACCCCUCUGGAAGCACCAGAAUAUGGGAAACUGCAAAGAGAACGACCAGAGUAGCCAACACUGAAGCUGAUGGUGUGGGAAUCAUAGCCCUGCUGAAGAGGACUCUGCACAAAGAUUGCGUUGUUAUGGUGAAGCAAUUUAGACCACCCUUGGGCUGCAACACACUUGAGUUUCCUGCAGGUCUUAUUGAUGACAAUGAGAGUGCUGAAACAGCUGCUUUGAGAGAACUAAAGGAGGAAACUGGUUACAAAGGAGAAGUAGUGGGCAACACCCCAGUCACAUGUUUAGACCCGGGCCUAUCUAACUGCACCACACAGAUUGUAAUGGUACAUAUAAAUGGAGAUGACAUUGAAAAUAUGAACCCCACUCAGCAGCUGGGUGAUGGAGAAUUUGUAGAGGUGAUUCUUCUACCUCUGGAUCAAUUUCAGCAAAAAAUUGAUGAGCUGAUGCAGAAGGAGAAAAUAGUGGUGGACUCCAAGGUGUAUAUUUAUGCAAUGGGCAUGUCCCAGGCCUUCUUUAAACCUAGAGAGUUGCCUGUGCUGAAACAGUGAGCAUUUAAGAGCAUAAACUUCUCCCCUGGAUUAAACUGUAGACAUCUGACAGUGAAACUUGUUUACAGUUACACACUAUUGUGAGCACAUGGGAGUGACAAAAUCAGAUGAUACUUGACAAAGGCCUUAGUGUCUUACCAUGGUUGCCUAAACAAACUAACAAUACUUAAUUAACAGUUAUUUACUUAAGCUUGUACAAGACCAACUGGAGAGAUUGCAUUGCUAUCUAUGAAAUUCUGGGAUAUGUACUGUACUGUCAUGUGUUAUUCCACCAGGACCAGUAAUAACAAAUAUAUCUAAAUCAAUUCUUAUAAUGGUAAAAUGUUACAAAUAUACUGUAGCUGUGUAUUCAUAAUAGGUCAGUCGCAGAUUCAUCAUUACAUGUAAGAAUUACCAGGUUAUUAUAGAUUAAUUUGGGAUUAUACAUUCAGUGCUGUCUGAAUAAUAUUUCAGUGAUAGUGUGUGGGUGAAUAACUGUAUAAUUUUUUUAUGAAAUAAAU